CGCGGCCGAGACCCAACUCCAGACCGGACCCGUAAGUUGCGCCGGAGGCGGAGAGCCGACGCAGGGGCCCCCCGCGCGCCAUGCCGGCGGUCAAGAAGGAGCUCUCGGGCCGCGAGGACCUGGCUCUGGCCCUCGCCGCCUUCCACCCGAGCCUGGCCGCGCUGCCGCUGCCGCCGCUGCCCGGCUACCUGGCGCCGCUGCCCGGCGCCGCAGCCCUGCCCCCGGCCGCCUCGCUGCCCUCCUCGGCCGCCGGCUACGAGGCCCUGCUGGCCCCGCCGCUGCGCGCCCCGCGCGCCUGCCUCGGCCUGCGCGCCGCCGCGCCGCACCUCCACGCCGCGCGGGGCCCGCCGGCGCUCGAGCGCUUCUCCGCCGCCGCCCCGGACUUCCAGCCGCUGCUGGACAACGGCGAGCCGUGCAUCGAGGUGGAGUGCGGCGCCAACCGCGCGCUGCUGUACGUGCGCAAACUCUGCCAGGGCAGCAAGGGCCCGUCCAUCCGCCACCGCGGCGAGUGGCUCACGCCCAACGAGUUCCAGUUCGUCAGCGGCCGCGAGACGGCCAAGGACUGGAAGCGCAGCAUCCGCCACAAAGGGAAAAGUCUGAAGACGCUUAUGUCCAAGGGGAUCCUGCAGGUGCACCCCCCGAUCUGCGACUGUCCAGGCUGUCGAAUAUCUUCGCCAGUGAAUCGGGGACGGCUGGCAGACAAGAGGACAGGUGCCUUACCUGUAGCAAGUGCCCUGAAGAAGGAGCAGACCCUCAGCUUUUCGACCAGUGAUGGUGACAGCGAUGGAAGUAGUCCAACCAGCGGGCGGCAGCUAGGCUUGAAGCAGGAGGAUGACUCACACAUUCAUAUCAUGAAGAGAAGAGUCCACACACACUGGGAUGUGAAUAUCUCCUUCCGAGAGACAUCCUGCAGUCAGGACAGCAAUCUUCCCACCCUCAUAUCCAGUGUACAUCGAAGCCGUCACCUCGUUAUGCCUGAGCAUCCCAGCCGCUGUGACUUCCAGAGAGGCAGUGUGGAGAUUGGCCUGGGACCCACAGGUGACCUGUUGGGCAAGAGGCUGGGUUGCUCACCCUUUAUCACCAGCGACUGUUCUUCAGAGAAGAAGGCCCGAAGUGAGUCCCCCCAAGAGACUCUGCUGCUCCCGGACCUGGGGCCCAGCAUGGCCCCUGAGGACCACUACCGCCGGCUUGUGUCAGCCCUGAGUGAGGCUAGUCCCUUUGAGGACCCUCAGCGCCUCUACCACUUGGGUCUCCCCAGUCAUGAUCUCCUGAGGGUCCGGCAGGAGGUGGCAGCCGCAGCUUUGAGGAACCCCAGCACCCUGGAAGUCCACCUGCCCCCCUCCCUGGGCCAGCGCCGGAAGCAGGUCCUGUCUCAGCCCCGGGAGGGCGCGCCUGCCUCGGCUGCCCCGUCCUUCUCGGAGAGGGAGCUGCCGCAGCCGCCCCCCUUGCUGUCACCCCAGAAUGCGCCCAUGGCCCUGGGCCCCCACCUGAGGCCCCCCUUCCUGGGGGUGUCCUCGGCGCUGUGUCAGGCCCCAGGCUACGGCUUCCUGCCCCCGGCCCAAGCGGAGAUGCUCGCCCGGCAGCAGGAGCUCCUCCGGAAGCAGAGCCUGGCUCGACUCGAGCUGUCGGCGGAGCUGCUCCGGCAGAAGGACCUGGAGGCCGCGCCCCGCCCGCCGCCGCCCCUGCCCGACGGCGCCGAGGAGCUGCACCGGCCCCGGGCCCUGCUGGUGCUGAAGGCCGGCGCGGCGCCGCCGCUGGCCCUGCCCCCCCAGGGCCCCCCGGGCCCCGGCCCGCCCACCCCGCCCCGGGCCCCGGCCCGCCGCGCGUCCCAGAAGGCGGCCCCGCACUCGGCCUCGGCUGGGCCCAGGGCCGCCCUGGACACCACAGGGGAAGACGACUGGGCUCAAGACGGCUCUGAGGAGGAGCGCUCCAAGGACUCGGACGGAGAGGACCCGGAGACGGCGAUGGCGGCGGCGGCAGGCGGGCCCGCCCCUGGCCAAGGCCCAGGGGGGAGCACCAGCGCGGAGGGGAGGGGGCUUCUCCCCGCGCCCACCCUGCCUCUGGGCUUCCCCUACUACACAGGUGCUGCGGGAGGGCUCUUCACGGAGGGGGAGGCCGCAGCCCCUGAGGACCUCAGCAAGUGGAGUGUGGAGGACGUGUGCAGCUUCGUGGGGGGCCUACCUGGCUGUGGAGAAUACGCUCGGGUAUUCAGAGAACAAGGGAUUGAUGGAGAGACCUUGCCUCUGCUGACAGAAGAGCACCUACUGACCACCAUGGGGCUGAAGCUGGGACCUGCCCUCAAAAUCCGGGCCCAAGUGGCCAAACGCCUGGGCAGAAUCUUCUACAUGGCUAGUUUUCCUGUAGCCCUGCCACUCCAGCCAAGCCUGCGGGGCCCUGAGCAGCUCAGCCCAGGACAGCAGCCCCUGUCUCCAGCAACAACUACUUCUCCCUAUGGGGGGACCCACCCUCAUGCAGGCCGGGCCUCCCCUAAACAGGAGAAUGGUACUGCAGCGGUGGCUCUGCUCCCAGGGGCCUCAGACCCCUCCCAGCCUCUGUGCUAAACUGGCAGGUGUCCCCACCUCUGCACACGCCUAACACCCACAAUUCCCAGGGCUUUUUUUCCAUUUUGGCUUUGGACAAAGGGUGGGGGAGGGGUGAGAAACACAAGAUUUUUUUUUUAAAGGAAAACAUGUGACUUGAAAAGAAACAAAUUUAAAUGUGGAAAGGAUUGCAGAGGUCUGCAGACAAACCAAAGACAAAGGAGGUAGAAGCUACUGGAGCCUCCCUCUUCCCUCACAACUGGGACUGCUCUGUGCCCUGGCAUCAGAUGGCAGCCAACCUCCGGCACCGCAGCAGCAGACUCUCGGGCUGGUUCACUUUCUCAGGUCCGCACAGCUCUUGGUACAUUCGCCGGUUGUGUUAUAACAAUAAAGCCCCAUCCACUGUC